UAUGCGUGCCCGGACGAUGACGUUACCACGCAGGUCGAUGGGCGCACAAUUUCAAAAUGGACGCUACAUUGAAAUUUUGGAGGGGAACAUAAUCCGCCCUGCGCAGUGAGAACUGCUUUAGCGAAUGUCGAAGAUUAAAUUUGCAGACGCUAACACGCGUCUUGAAAGACGAAAACCGGCACAAUGAGCGGUUUAUAUGGCGACUGUAUUGAGAAUUAUAAUGUCUUCCAAUUGCUCGGUAAAGGUGCCUUUGGAUCCGUCUACCGAGCAAAGUCCAUCAAGAGUGGUGUGGAGUAUGCGAUCAAAAUGAUUAGGAAGGAGUCACUGCGAGAAAACGUCAAGCGUGUGAAAAGUGAGGUGGAGAUUCACCGCCGUUUAAAGAAUCCUUCUAUACUUCAGCUGUAUUCCUACUUUGAAGACAAUACCUAUGUCUACCUGGUGUUGGAGAUGUGUCACAACGGAGCGAUGGCCCACUACAUGAAAAGCAGCAAAAGGCGUUUUUCUGAGACGGAAGCAAGACACUUCAUGCAUCAACUAGUGAAUGGGAUGCUGUACUUACACUCUCACGGUAUCUUGCACCGAGAUCUCUCCUUGUCGAACUUGUUGUUGACCAAAGACAUGGACAUUAAGAUCGCAGACUUUGGCCUGGCCACUCAGCUCAAACUCCCUGAUGAGAAGCACUUGACCAUGUGUGGGACGCCCAACUACAUCUCCCCUCAGGUGGCCACACGCAGCGCUUACGGUCUGGAGACUGACGUUUGGUCUCUGGGCUGCAUGUUCUAUGCCUUCCUCAUGGGCCACCCCCCAUUUGACAGUGACACGGUCCCACACACGUUCUCCAAAGUAACCCAUGUGGAAUAUAAAAUGCCCACUCAUGUUUCAAUUGAGGCUCGGGAUCUGAUCCGUCAGCUGCUGCAGAAAGAUCCCUCUCUUCGGCCCAGCCUGUCUGCGGUGCUGGACCACCCGUUUAUGACCCAGAGCUUGCUGGGCAGGACCAAGGAGCUGGGCCUGGUCGAUGAUUGCACCAUGGAUAGUGGCGUAGCUACUUUCUCCACUGCCUGUACCUCCUCCACGUCGGGCAGCAGUGGCAGCCGCCAUCAGAGGAGAACGAGGCACGUCAUUAGCACAGCCCUGCCCAACCGAAUUUCUGCGAUCCCGAGAUUUCCACUGCAGCAAAGCAGGGAUGGUUUUGAGGAUGGAGACCAGUGGCAGCAGUGGCCUCCACAGGACAGAUUUUACAAUGAAGAUAGGGGCAGGGUGCGCCAUGUAGGUGAAAGUAGUCCGUCUCACUUACACUACGUACGGAGGGCCCACUCCUCGGAUCGCUCCAGCCCCCCAGGACCGCUCCAAGGACCUGGUCUGGCUGAGCAGGGCAGAUGUCACUCAAAAGAAUCUCUGACAGGCAAAGGAAGACUGGUCUUCCCUUUUUCCUCCACUCCUCAUCCAUUCUCAGAAAACGGCCGGAUACUUUCACCUCCUGUCAAGCAGUCUGCAGACUCUGCGUACGUGUUGUCACCACAGACAGCACAUCUACCAAGCCUUCAUAAUCAGGACAUGGAGGGAGUUACUAACUGGCCAAAUAAUGAUGGUUGUGCCCACAGACCUGCAGCUCACUUUCAGCCCCCUCACUGCUCCUCGUCCUCAUCAUCAUCACAGCUCCCCUCAGCUAAAGCCAGCGUGGACAAGCAGAAGAAAACUCUGAGAGAUCUGGUCCUGCCUCUGUGUACCUCCAGGCUGAAGCCUAUCAGAUUGCAGACUAAAAAUAAUGCCAUUGUGAGCAUCUUGGACAAAGGCGAGGUUUCCAUAGAGCUCUUGUUCCAAAAUGGACAGGACAGGGUUAAAGAAGUCCUUUCGAUUUCUUCUGAUGGCUCAACUGUGACAGUUUACCAGCCCAAUGGAGGUAAAGGGCGGAGGGAAAGGGCCUCCACCCCCCCAAAAGAUACUUUUGUUUUCAGCUAUGAUGAGCUUCCAGAAAAAUACUGGAGGAAGUACCAGUAUGCCUCAAUGUUCGUUCAGCUGGUGAAGUCCAAGACCCCCAAGGUGACCCUCUACACCACGUACGGCAAGGUCAUGUUGAUGGAGAACUCUCCCAACGCUGACCUGGAGGUCAGCUUCUAUGAUGGAGCGAAGACCCAUAAGACAUCUGAGAUGAUUCGAGUUGUGGAGAAGAGCGGGAAAUCAUGCACUGUGAAGGGCGAGGCAGGGCUUAGCGCUCUGAGCCCCGACAGCCGCACCUAUGUGGAGCUGUCUAAUAAGGGACACAGCAUCUGUCUCUCCUUGGAAGCCGCCAUUAAACUGGAAGAGGAGCGGAGCCCUGAGAAUUUGACUCUUUUUCCCAUCACCCUCAGAAGGAGGCCAGUCAAUUCAACAACGUCAUCGUCGUUGUCAUCAUUGCUUCACUUCCAGCCGACCGCUCCUGAUCCAACUUCACCUCCUCAACCCCCUGAGAUCACUCCUUCAAUGAUCGCCUACGACUUCACCUCGGCCAGCCUGAGUCAGAAAAGCUUUCCCGCACACGUCCAGCAGAACACAGGCAAUGUGGUCUUGUCCACUUUUGUGCGGGAUAUUGGCUGGGCCUCACAGCUGACAAGUGGGGAAGUGUGGGUGCAGUUCAACGACGGCUCUCAGAUGGUGGUUCAGGCGCAAGUGUCCUGCAUCAUGUACACGUCUCCUGAGGGAUGCGUCACCAGGUACAAACAGAACGAGAAUUGUCCGGAACACUUCAAGGAGAAGCUAAGCUGUCUCCCCACCAUCAUCGAACAUUUGGCCAAACAUGCAUCACUUCCAUCACGACAACCACGUUAGCAUUUAAAAAAACUAUUUUGUCUGUGUUUCUCUGCUUUUAUACUUGUACAGAAGAUUAUGAAAAUAUUUAAUUUUUUACGAGGGAAUUAUUGUUAUUGUGUUGGCCUCUUCAGAAAUGCUCUGCCGUAGUAAUGGAAUGUGCUUAUUCAUCAAGCUGGGGACCAAUAAAUGUCUGGAGAACGAAAGCUACACUAUGCCUUCAAAGCUGUCGGCAGUGACACAACACACAAACACCACAUUUUCACGUAUUUAUUUCAGCCUCUGUUAGUUGACUUGUUUGAUUUGAGCUUUGUAGAUUCCUGUUGAAUUACAACAAUGAUACCGCAGCACGGCACUGGACCAUGUAAGCUUAGGCGUAAUGUGUAUGUGUAUGUGUAUAUAUAUAUAUACACACACACACACUGUACAUGACACCCAAGGAGUAAACAUUUGGAGGUGGAAGCAGGCUGGUGUGUACAGGUUCACCAAUUAUGUCUUGUCCAAGUACACAACUCAGACACAAGCGUGUGUUCAUCCCACUCCAGGAAGUGUGUAUUUCCUUGAAAAAUGACAUUGAGUGCUGGUGAAAUGGUCCCACUACUGAAUGAGGAAACAAGCCUUCUCAGGAACCACAUUUGGCAGUUUUAUGUUCGUCUAUCCCUUUUACCACCAUGUUUGUUGCCAGUAAACACUUUGUUCACGUGCCCACUUUUAUACAAAACAUAAAAUCCAUAAAAUCUCAGCAAAAGAAAUUAAUCUUAGUAAACCAAAAAUAUAUACAAAAAGAUAAUUUGCCACCCCAGGGAUGAAUUUAAUUCCUAAUUGUAGUACGUUAUACUAAUGUAAUACAAUUGUGUUCAUUGAAGUAGUCUAUUUGAUUUUAGUGUGUCCUUUACAGCAGCAGACCAUUUUGUUCAAUUGUGUGUGUGUGUGUGUGUGUGUGAAUCCAAUCUAUUCAUCUUGCUACUUUCUUCAUUGACUCUCCUUAAAGAGUUGGAAUAAAUGUUCUUCUGAACACAUAUAAAGUUGUGUCCUCAGGAGAGUAGACAAGAAGACAAAAAAAAGUGCUUUGGAAGUCUUGCUGAGUGGGAAACAGAUGGAAUGUUGGAGAUGGAAUCUUCUGAUUGGUCGCACCGAGGCUUUUCUUCUCAGCUGUGAUGGCACUCACAAACAUCUCUCCAUUCAAACUAACCAUUCACUUUAGGCCCUAUUCUCCUGAUAAGUGUUUUUUUAUGUGGUUGGAGGUACGCACAUUACACCUUAGAGUUUCUUUUAUCACUUUAUUAUGUGUGGUGUACACUGCAUCCAAACUUCAAGUGCAAUAUGUUUCACCUUCCAGGGGCGCUGGACGUAUUGCAGCCUCACAAGUGCUAAAGAUCAAAAGACUUAAAUCAAGAAAACAUUUUUUCCCACUUAAUCACAUUGGAGAGUAGGGCCUUUUGUGCAGGGGAGUCAUUCAUACGCGCACACACACACGAAGGGAUCAUACAUUGCACAUCAAGUGGCAUGUCUGACAAACAGCUCCCAGUAGGAAUGUGUUUGCUGCCAGCGAGAAGCUGGGCUGUAGCAAACACUUGCCAGCUUCACAUUACAGUACUAAUAAAGUCUCGUUAGACACAAGCAAAAGUACAAAAUCAAAGCCCAGAAAGAAAAGAAAGCUUGACACCCAAUCAC